AAGUCAGGAAGGUCCAAAAGAGUAGAAAGGAUAUGAAAGGCAAAAAAAGGAAAGGAGCAAAACGUUUGCAGAGUAGAGAGAAAUUUGGACAAAAGAAAAGAAAUGGCGCUCCUCUUACCCUCUCCUCAUGUCACCUAUCCAUCUUCUUCCUCUAUCUCUCACACACAACUCAACUCAAAUUGCAGCCUCUCUUCCUUCUCUUUCCAAAGGACCCUUUAUUCCUCUCGCCGCCUUCAACCUCAACUCACUGUUGCUUCUCACCUCUGCACCACCACCGCCACCACCACCACCACAGUUGACACGUCCUUGUUGAACGUUGCCGAGGCAUUCUCAGAAGACCAGCUCUGGGCAGCCUCGUGUCUCCGUGUCCGUUCCUUUUAUAACUUUGCUCCCACUGUAUACGCCGUCCAUGAUCAUAAGAGAGACCUGGCCGAGCGUGAGUUUGAAGCACUAAAAGAACGUGUAGCUGGGAAAAGAGAGGGCUUCAGAAGAGUUUCCUGCAUAAAUGCUACUCUUCCAUUAUCAGAGUUAUCAAGCUUUUCAGAUGAUCUAUGUGCUGAAUGUAAGUUUUCUGACAAUGGAGAAGAUCGGGUUGUAGUUGGGACCCUUGAUCUUAACCAGUGCCUUAGGCUUCCAGAUGAGAUAACAGGAAUGAAACCAGAGGGGAUUGGAGCUGACUUCUUGAGGGCAUAUCUAAGCAAUGUAUGCGUUGCCCAGGAAUUGCAUAGAAAUGGUUUAGGUUAUUUGCUUGUCGCAAAGUCAAAGAGUGUUGCUCAAGAUUGGGGCAUAACUGAUCUAUAUGUCCACGUGGCUAUUGACAAUGAACCAGCAAAGAACUUGUAUAUGAAGAGUAGUUUUGUAUAUGAAAAUGAUGAGCCUGCCUGGCGAGCCAGAUUUCUAGAUCGGCCUCGAAGACUGCUUUUAUGGACUGGUCUCCCUGGCACGCAGCUGUGACUUUGCAAUGUUUGUAUAGCAUCAUUUAUUUUGUGCUAUUUUUGUUUUUUUUCUUAUUCCUUGACAUGCUUUUCUGCGAUAUUGUUACAAACUUGUUUAUG